AUGGAUGAAGUGACCAGGAACUGCACCAGAGAGGCAAAUCUGGCUUAUCUGCCCUUGUCAGCACUGCAGGAUUUAAAGGAUGUGAUCUUAGUUUCUGGAAACCAGCGGUGCACUGACACUCAUGCUUUUGUCUGCUGUUUCUUCUCCCAGCGCAGAAUGUCCAGCCCUUCUGAAUCCCAAGGGGGAGCAGCACCGGGCCGAAGGCAAGCGCAGUCCUCAGCCCCAUGCCCGGGGCAACACUGGACUCCCGAGUCUCCGGCCCGCGAGCCUAGGAAGGCCCAACGGUCUCUGGCCUUGGCCGUGCAUCCUGCGCCCCGUCCAGCCAUGUUGCUUCUCCUUGCACUUCUCGCUGCGUUUGGAGGGCUGCAAGCUCGCCUGGCGCUGGGCUCUUCCUGGGGAGUAGUUUCCUGUGGUUCAGGGACCCAGAGCGCCCCCUUUGGGACUCCUUGCUGGUGCCGUCCUCCGGGUCUUCCCCCCGCCCCCCUCCUAGAGCAGCGGAGGAUGAUGUUAGCGAAGGCAUCCAAUCUCCGAAUCGAGGGUCCAGCCCAUGAUGGACUCAAGCCUUCAGAAUCCCUGCUUUUGACUAAGGGGGCUGUUGUUGCAAAAAAAUCCUAUUUUCUUGCUGUAGAUUCUGAGGGAAUAUUCCUGCAGGUCACAGUUCCACAGAAGAUAAGAUCAAGAGAGAGUGAAGAUUCAGAGACGCAGGUGACUUAUAUCAUUACCAUUGAUAGAAAACCAUAUACUCUGCAUCUCAGAAAACACCCAUUCUUAGCCCAGAACUUUUUGGUUUAUACACGGAACAAAAAUGGAUCUUUUCAUUCAGAGCCUUCAUAUUUCAUGAUGCAUUGCCAUUACCAAGGAUAUGUUGCAGAUUUUCCAAAUUCAGCCGUGACUCUCAGCAUCUGUUCUGGGCUCAGGGGAUUCCUUCAGUUUGAAAAUAUCAGCUAUGGAAUUGAGCCACUGGACUCUUCAGCAAGUUUUGAGCACAUAAUUUAUCAAGUGAAAAACGACAGUCCAGAUAUACCAGUGUUAGCAGAAAAUGACAGCAAUGUUUUGCAGAAAGAUGAGCCUUAUAAAAUUCAUUUAAGCUCACAGGAAACAACUCUUUCAGAACUAUUACCCCAGUAUCUAGAAAUGCACAUUAUCGUGGAAAAAGCUUUGUAUGAUUAUAUGGGAUCAGAAAUGAUGGUUGUAAUGCAGAAAAUUUUCCAGAUUAUUGGCCUUGUCAACACGAUGUGUAGUCAGUUCAAAUUGACUGUAAUACUGUCCUCCUUGGAAUUGUGGCCAGAUGAAAAUCAAAUUUCUACUAACGGGGAUAUGGAUGAUUUAUUACAAAGAUUUUUGACAUGGAAACAGGACUCUCUUAUCCUCCGGCCCCAUGACAUAACAUUCUUACUUAUUUACAGGAAACAGCCUAAAUACGUGGGAGCGACAUCUUCUGGCACAAUAUGCAAUAAAAGUGGUGAUGCCAAUAUUAUUAUGUAUUCAGAAGCAAUAACCCUGGAGGGAUUUUCAGUUCUUAUGGCUCAGCUACUUGGCCUUAAAAUAGGAUUAACGUAUGAUGACGUCAAUAAGUGUUCCUGUGCAAGAGCUACGUGCAUAAUGAAUCGUGAAGCAAUGUUUUCCAGUGGUAUAAAGAUGUUUAGCAACUGUAGCAUGCAUGCCUAUAGAUAUUUUAUUUCCACAUUUGAGGGUCGGUGUCUUCAGAACUUUCCAAAACUGAAACCAUUCCAUCAAAAUCAAUCGGUGUGUGGUAAUGGGAUUUUGGAACCUCAUGAAGAAUGUGAUUGUGGCAGUGAACGGGAAUGUCAAUUUAAGAAGUGCUGUGAUUACAAUACAUGUAAACUGAAAGGCUCAGUAAAAUGUGGUUCUGGAUCAUGCUGUACAUCAGAAUGUGAGCUGUCAGAAGCAGGAACUCCAUGUAGAAAGAGCGUUGACCAAGAGUGCGAUUUUACCGAGUACUGCAGUGGAACUUCCAGUGACUGUGUUCCUGACACUCAUGCAAUGAAUGGCGAGUUAUGCAGGUUGGGAACCGCGUACUGUUAUAACGGACGGUGCCAAACUACGGACAACCAGUGUGCCGAGAUAUUUGGCAAAGGUGCUCAAGGUGCCCCAUUUGCCUGUUUUAAAGAAGUUAAUUCUCUGCCAAAUAGACCUGGAGACUGUGGUUUUAAAAAUUCCCAACCAUUACCCUGUGAACAGAGUGAUGUUCUUUGUGGAAAAUUAGCCUGUAUUUGGCCCAAUAAGAAUUCUUACAAAAAUGAUGUUCAAUCAGCGGUUUAUUCAUAUACUCAAGGACAUGAGUGUAUAACUACAGGGUCAGCAAUGAGGUCAGAUGGAAGAGAUUAUGCCUAUGUGGCUGAUGGCACAGUGUGUGGUGCACAAAUGUAUUGUAUAAACAAAACCUGCAAAAAAGUUCCUUUAAUGGGAUAUAAUUGUAAUGCCACUACAAAAUGCAGAGGAAAUGGGAUAUGUAAUAAUUUAGGUAACUGUCAUUGCCUUCCUGGCUAUAGGCCUCCAGAUUGUGAACUACAAAUUGGCUCACCAGGAGGAAGUAUUGAUGAUGGAAAUGAUCAUAAAUCUGCUAUAGUUUUUAUUAAAAAAGCCUACAAUACACAUCAGGGCAACUGGCUUAUUCUGAGUUUCUACAUUUCUCUGCCCUUUUUCAUAAUUUUCAUCUUUAUGAUCAUGAAGCGAAAUGAAAUGAGAAGAUCAUGCAACAAAGAGAAUGCAGAAUAUGAGGGGUAAAUAUGCUUAUACAAAUAAUUGUCUUAAAUUGUGCCGGUCAUUAAUCAGUGUCCUAAAUUCUCUUGCCUUUCAGUGUGUGAACUCCAUAGUGAUUGGGAAAAAAUUCUGUUUAGCUUUUCAUCUUAGUCUUUCUAAACCAUGGAUUCUUCUAAGAGCCACAAGUGUACAAAACUAAACAAA